AGGCGAGUUUGCCGGGUUGCACUUUCUGUCAGUCCAGGGUUCAGAGGAGAGAGGGGACAGGGGGAGAGCAAGCGUGAACACAGGGGGUUGCCAAGUUUUAAUCCCAAUCCCGCACAUCCGGAGAGUGCCACUCCACUUUGACUGAAGAUGGAGAACGCACACACCAAGGAGGGACCCGAGGUUCUGUCCUACUUCGGGGUCACUGAAGACACCGGCCUCUCGCCAGAACAGGUCAAGACGAACCUGGAGAAAUAUGGCUUCAAUGAGUUACCCGCUGAAGAGGGGAAGAGCAUCUGGGAGUUGGUGGUGGAACAGUUUGAGGAUCUGUUGGUCAGGAUCCUGCUGCUGGCCGCGUGUAUCUCCUUUGUGCUGGCCUGGUUUGAGGAAGGUGAGGAGACCGUCACAGCCUUUGUGGAGCCCUUCGUCAUCCUUCUCAUCCUCAUCGCUAACGCCGUGGUGGGAGUGUGGCAGGAGCGUAACGCAGAGAGCGCUAUCGAGGCUCUGAAGGAGUACGAGCCCGAGAUGGGAAAAGUGUACCGCUCAGACAGGAAGAGCGUGCAGAGGAUCAAGGCCAGAGAGAUCGUGCCUGGUGACGUGGUGGAGGUGUCAGUUGGUGACAAAGUUCCAGCUGACAUCAGGAUCACCUCCAUUAAAUCUACUACCCUGCGUGUGGAUCAGUCCAUUCUUACUGGCGAGUCUGUCAGUGUGAUCAAACACACAGACGCUGUCCCCGACCUCCGCGCUGUCAAUCAGGACAAGAAGAACAUGCUGUUUUCUGGCACCAACAUCGCCGCCGGAAAGGCCGUUGGUAUUGCCGUGGCGACCGGCGUUACCACUGAGAUCGGUAAGAUUCGUGACCAGAUGGCGGCCACCGAACAGGAGAAGACCCCUCUGCAGCAGAAACUGGACGAGUUUGGUGAGCAGCUCUCCAAGGUGAUCUCCCUCAUCUGCGUCGCCGUGUGGAUCAUCAACAUCGGCCACUUCAAUGACCCCGUCCAUGGAGGCUCCUGGUUCCGCGGGGCCAUCUAUUAUUUCAAGAUCGCUGUUGCUCUCGCUGUUGCUGCCAUCCCUGAAGGCCUCCCUGCCGUGAUCACCACCUGCCUGGCCCUGGGAACUCGCCGCAUGGCCAAGAAGAACGCCAUCGUCAGGAGCCUGCCCUCUGUGGAGACGCUGGGCUGCACCUCCGUCAUCUGCUCUGACAAGACUGGCACCCUCACCACCAACCAGAUGUGUGUCACUAAGAUGUUCAUCAUUGACAAAGUCGAUGGAGACAGUGUUGCUCUGGCUCAGUUUGACAUCUCAGGCUCUAAGUACACCCCUGAAGGAGAAGUGACAAAGGCAGGCAUGCCUCUGAAAUGUGGACAGUACGAUGGCCUGGUUGAACUGGCCACUAUCUGUGCUCUCUGCAAUGACUCUUCUCUGGAUUACAAUGAGUCCAAGGGCAUUUAUGAGAAGGUGGGUGAGGCCACAGAGACGGCUCUGUGCUGCCUGGUGGAGAAGAUGAACGUGUUUAACACUGAUGUGCGCGGCCUGUCCAAAGUGGAGCGGGCCAACACCUGCUGCUCUGUCAUCAAACAGCUGAUGAAAAAGGAAUUCACCCUGGAGUUCUCCAGAGACAGGAAGUCCAUGUCUGUGUAUUGCUCCCCUGCCAAGUCUGCCAAGGGCCCAGUGGGAAACAAGAUGUUUGUCAAAGGUGCCCCAGAGGGAGUGAUUGACCGUUGUGCAUAUGUGCGUGUGGGCACUAACCGUGUGCCUUUGACCGGCCCACUCAAAGACCACAUCAUGUCUGUCAUCAAAGAGUGGGGCACAGGGCGAGACACCCUGCGCUGCUUGGCCCUGGCCACUAGGGACACCCCUGUGAAGAAAGAGGAGAUGAACCUGGAGGACUCCACCCACUUUGCAGAUUAUGAGACGGACUUGACCUUCGUAGGCUGUGUCGGAAUGCUUGAUCCCCCACGUAAAGAAGUCAUGGGCUCCAUUGAGUUGUGUAGAGCUGCUGGUAUUCGUGUCAUCAUGAUCACUGGAGACAACAAGGGCACAGCUGUGGCCAUCUGCCGCCGCAUCGGGAUCUUCACUGAGGACGAGGAUGUGACCGGUAAAGCCUUCACUGGGCGUGAGUUUGACGAUCUGCCUCCUUAUGACCAGAAGAACGCUGUCAGAAAGGCCUGCUGCUUUGCUAGAGUAGAGCCCUCCCACAAGUCCAAGAUUGUUGAGUUUCUGCAAGGCUUUGAUGAGAUUACCGCCAUGACUGGAGAUGGAGUGAACGAUGCCCCCGCCCUGAAAAAGGCCGAGAUCGGCAUCGCCAUGGGCUCUGGCACUGCCGUUGCCAAGUCUGCCUCUGAGAUGGUCCUGGCUGACGACAACUUCUCUUCCAUUGUGUCUGCUGUAGAGGAGGGUAGAGCCAUUUACAACAACAUGAAGCAGUUCAUUCGCUACCUCAUCUCCUCCAACGUGGGUGAGGUGGUCUGUAUCUUCCUGACCGCGGCUCUGGGUCUGCCUGAGGCUCUGAUCCCGGUGCAGCUGCUGUGGGUGAACCUGGUGACAGACGGACUCCCUGCCACCGCCCUGGGCUUCAACCCUCCAGACUUGGACAUCAUGGGCAAGGCUCCCCGUUCACCCAAGGAGCCCCUCAUCUCCGGCUGGCUCUUCUUCAGAUACCUGGCCAUCGGAGGUUAUGUUGGAGCCGCUACCGUAGCUGCUGCCGCCUGGUGGUUCCUCUACGAUGAGGAGGGCCCCAUGGUCACCUUCUACCAGCUGUCCCACUUCAUGCAGUGCAGCGAGGAGAAUGAGGACUUCAAUGGAAUUCACUGUGAGGUGUUUGAGGCCGCUCCUCCGAUGACCAUGGCCCUGUCUGUGCUGGUGACCAUCGAGAUGUGCAACGCCCUCAACAGCCUGUCUGAAAACCAGUCCCUUGUGAGGAUGCCUCCCUGGAGUAACCUCUGGCUCGUGGGCGCCAUGUCUCUGUCCAUGUCUCUGCACUUCAUGAUCAUCUACGUGGAUCCUCUGCCUCUGAUCUUUAAGCUCACCCAUUUGAAUGUAGAGCAGUGGCUCAUGGUGCUGAAGUUGUCCUUCCCAGUUAUUCUUAUAGAUGAGCUGCUCAAGUUUGUGGCUCGCACUUAUCUCGAAGCCUAAACCUGCCCCUUUUCUCCUCAACAAACUCCCUGUAAAACCCAGGAAAAGUGUAAAGGAGGUGAGACUGCGCAGACGCUCACACCAAAGCCGAAGGGCCCAGCGCUCCGAGUGAGAGGGGAGUCACUUGAACAAAGCGCUGUCAAGCCUGUGCCAUCUGAAAACACCAACACAUGGCAAGAGAUUUGUUCUGUGUAUUUACUAAAAUUAAUAUAUAGCUAGAAGUCAAAACCUGUGAUGAUUCUAUUCUUAAAGAAUAAAGAUAUAUAUAAGAAGCUGUCAACUUGGUUUGUCAGUAUUGCAUUUUGUUUAGUAAAUGUAUCUUAAUAAAUAUUUAUCACCAUCUCAUGGACUUACUUGUUAUGCAAAAACAGGGACAAAGAUGUGCUCUGCUAAACCAGCAACCCUUGGUCUGACAGUGUUUACAUAACUUUUACAGCUGUGAUAAUGUGUUCUUCUGCUCGUUCUGCUUAAACUCACGCUGUCUGUAAGUAGUUGAUGCAAAUAGAGAUGCAUUCUUCACUUAAGUUUGGUUUUGGAUUAUGUAGAACAUGGUUAGCCAAGUUGCCAGAUAUGUACAUAUGAAGUUGAGUUUCUAAUUGUUGUUGCACAAAUGCUACAGCCACAACAAUAAAAUAAAAUGGAGCAAGUA